AUGACCUCCCUGGUCAUCCUACCGCGCUCCUCGGACGCCUUUAGCGCGUACAAGCCCUCGAAGAAUGCGCACAUUGACAUCCUCGCCCCGCAGGCCAAGGACAAGGGCGCGAGCGGCAAGGUCCUCCGCCUGGACCUCCACCAACCCGUGAUCCCGCUCGACUCGGCGACCAAGCUCGACCUCAUCGAGCUCGCCAUCCCGCGCCUGCUCGCCGGCCAGCCGACGCCGACGAGCUUCCACGCCAUCGCCAACUGCUGCCGCCACCUCGUGGCGGACCCGCGCGUCGACCUGCGCAAGGUGUACGACAACAUCGAGGAGAACCUCGUGAACGCGUGCCGCGGGAUCCAGCGCGAGUGCCGCGCGAGUAUCCUCGGCGACAGGAAUGGGAAUGGGAAUGGGAAUGGAAAUGGCGGCGGGGGUAAAUGGUUGGGCAGGUUGGUCGGCCAGUGGGAACGCUUCGAGGCGAAUGUGACGCUGCUGGCUGCGCUGUGUGUGUACCUCGACAGAGUGUACUGCAUCGAGGGUAGUGGCAACAUGAGUAUUCUGGACCGCGCGACGGCCCAGUUCCGCAAGCUCGUGUGGAGCAACGACCUGCUGCUCGAGAACACGCGCAACGAGUUUCUCGCGUGGGCCGCCGCCGAGCGCGAGGCCGCAGGACCCGACGCCGCGCUGCGUCCUGCUGCCACGGCCGUCGUCGCCCUCGCCAACAGACUCGCGACGCCCGACGACCUCGUCAAGCCGUACCUCGUCCAGACGCAGGAACACUAUGCGGCCAUGGCGGCGACGCACGUGUCCAAUGUCGAGACUGGGGCGCUGGGCGCCAUGGAGUAUGUCAAGUGGGCGCUGGACAAGGAGGCCGAGGAGGCCGAGCGCGCGCGCGCCGUCGUGUCGUCGCAGGUGGCCGACAAGGCGGUCGUGAUUGUCCGCGAGGAGAAUGGCGCCAAGGUCGCCGCGCGCGUGGUGCAGAAAGCGCUCGACGAAGCAAUGUACGCCGGGGAAAUGGGCGCGAUCGUGUACCUGUACAUGUACAGUGUGGAUUCGCGCGCCUUCAACCUCUUCUGCAAGGCCAUCCACGACCACAUCGAGACGCGUAUACGCACCGUCAUCUCGGACCCGGCCAACGACGCCCAGAUGAUCGAGAGUACCCUCAAGCUGAAGCGGUUUGCCGACCGCGCCGUGGCGGUCCUGUUCUCCCGUCCGCCCAAGAACAUUACUGCGGCGCAGAAAGAGGCAGAUGACCAAGGGGGGGAGGAUGGAGAUGGCCAAGACGACGUCGCGAUGGCCGAGCCCCGCAAGAUCCCCCAGCACGAGCGCCUCCGCCAGCUCGAGCUCGAGGAGGCCGUGCGGUCGGGCUUCAAGGCCGGCCUGGGCAGCAGGCAGAAUGCGCCUGCAGAGUGGAUCGCCAAGCACCUCGACGCCGCGAUGCGCAAGGGCCAAGGGUCGGGGACUGAACGCGAGUUCAACGCCCUCCUCGACGAGAUUAUCGCGCUCGUGGGCUUUACGAGGGACAAGGACGUGUUCCGCGCGUUCUACGCGUCAGGUCUCGCCAAGCGUCUCCUGCUCAAUAAAAGCGCCAGUGAUGACAUGGAGCGCAACAUGAUUGUCAAGCUUCAAAAUGAAAUGGGCGACGAGUUUACGUCUGGCGACGUCAUGAUGAAGGACCUCCAGGUGUCUGAAACCCUCGUCAAGGCGUACCAGUCUGCUCGCGUCAAGAACCCGGGCCAGUUCAAGGACUCGUCGUAUGGCGAAUUCACCGCCAACGUCCUCACCGAGUCGGCGUGGCCGCCGUACCCUUUGCUCAAGGAUGGGUGGGACUUUAAGCUUACCCCGCAGCUCCAGAGCUCCAUUGACACGUUCACGACCUGGUACUCGACCCAGCACCAGAACCGCCAGCUGUCGUGGCGCCACCAGCUCGCCACGGUCACCCUCACGGCCCGCUUCGACAGCGGCCAAUACGAGAUUGGCGUCAGCUUGUUCCAGGCCGUCGUGCUGCUGCAGUUCACCGAGGCGGACGUGCUGGACUUUAUGGAGCUCAAGAGCAGGACGGGCAUUGAAUCGUCCGAGCUCAUCCGCGUCCUCCAGUCCCUCUCCAUGGGCCGCAAGGGCACCCGCGUCCUCAUCAAGCGUCCAGCAGGCAAGGCCGUCGAGCCCACAGACAAGUUUGCCUUCAACAAGGGGUUUACGAGCGACAGGAUAAAGUUCAAGAUCAACCAGAUCCAGCAGGACCUCUCGGCCGACGAGUCGCGCAAGACCAACGAGCAAGUCGCCAUCGACCGCGUCUCGGUCAUGGAGGCAACCAUUGUCCGCAUCAUGAAGGGCCGCAAGAAGAUGACGCUUCAGCUCCUCAUUGAUGCCGUCGUCACGGACGUGUCGAAGCGCUUCCCGCCCGACGUCAAGGAGAUUAAGAAGCGUGUCGAGAGCCUCAUUGAGCGCGAGUAUCUCCAGCGCGACGAGCAUGACCGUAACAAGCUGCAGUAUCUUGCAUAG